AUAAACGCAGAACAAACAAAGAAAGUACUACAUCGAAGCAAUGGCAAGAACCAAGCAGACGGCUCGUAAAUCCACCGGCGGUAAAGCCCCGAGGAAGCAGCUCGCUACCAAAGCCGCCCGUAAGAGCGCUCCAGCCACCGGGGGCGUCAAGAAGCCUCAUCGCUACAGGCCCGGCACCGUGGCUCUGCGAGAGAUCCGUCGCUAUCAGAAGUCCACCGAGCUGCUGAUCCGCAAGCUGCCCUUCCAGCGUCUGGUGCGAGAGAUCGCUCAGGACUUCAAGACGGACCUGCGCUUCCAGAGCUCCGCUGUCAUGGCCCUGCAGGAGGCCAGCGAGGCUUAUUUGGUCGGUCUGUUCGAGGACACCAACCUGUGCGCCAUCCACGCCAAGAGAGUCACCAUCAUGCCCAAAGACAUCCAGCUGGCGCGCCGCAUCCGCGGAGAGCGCGCUUAAAUUCCUGAUUUCAAAAGUCUAAACCCCAAAGGCUCUUUUAAGAGCCAUCAAAAUCACACUGAACGAGAGAAUUUCCGCCGUAACGCUGAUUAUAACGAGUAAGAAAGUAACACUGCCAUAAUCUUUUAAAGGACUUUUGUCUGGGUUUUUAGUUUUAUUUGUUUAUUCAAUUUUAGUUUACAGAUGUUUGUAGAUGUUAAACACUGUUUCACAAUGUCACACUUUUCUGAGUAAAUAAAACAAAACA